AUGCGCCUCGCAUCGAUGGAGUUCCAAGAAAAUUUUAUUCUAUUCGUACGCCUAAUAAAGGACAUGAAUAGAAGAAUAACUGCUGCGGUCCGAACACCAGCCGGAUGUACUACACCGUUCGAAGUGGAAAGUGGAGUGAGACAAGGGGUUGUGGCGGGACCCUUUCUGUUCAACUUCGCCGUCGAUGACAUAAUGCGAAGAACAAUUGAGCAGUGUCCCGCCGAUGUUAUUUCAGCACCUUUUGCACGUCCCUUAGUGGACCUCGAGUACGCUGACGAUGUAGUAAUAUUCGCUUCUAGCAGCGCGCAGUUACAACAUGUUGUUGACCUUGUGUCGAAAUUAGCUGUAGCCUAUGGACUGCGACUCCGCUCUGAUAAAUGCAAGCAGAUGUAG